AGCAGAAGCUGGCGGAGGCGAUCCUCCGAGAGAAGAAGAACUUCAAGAUCAAUAUUCACCUUGCUACAUCCCUCCCCUUACCUUCAGAGAGGGAUCACCUUCGGCCCAGGAUAGACAUGAUUGUGUUUAUGAUUGACAUCAAGAGCAAAUACAGCUUGAAGAAUGUUGAAGCUUCCCUAGCUUAUGUGGAUGCCAGCUUCUUCUUGGGGAAAGUAUGCUUUCUUGUCACUGGCGUUGGCAGGGUGAAUUGCUGCAGCAUAGAGAUGAGUGCCAUCUGGAAACUGGGAGAAAUCUACUGCAGUCCUGUGCUAUUCUGUGAGCUGGAGAUGGAAGGGAUAAGAGUUGCCACUGCUCAGCGACUUCUCCGGAUGUUACAGAUCUGUGCCGGUCACAUACCGGGAGUUUCUGCCUUGUCCUUUGGCUCGCUGAUGAGGACCUCUGCUAAUGAUUAG